CAUACAGCCGAUGCGGAGCAGUGCGAUGCGGCUCGGCUGUUUCAGUUUCGAUUUAGUUGCGCGCCGUCCACUAAAGAGCGCGAGCCUUUCGAAAAUGCGCGCUACGAACACCUAACAACCCGAAUUUGCAUUUGUUAACGUUAUUUGUUUAAUUAUCACGAUGUGUCGCUAUUGUUUGAUGAGUUUUAUUGUGUGCCUGGUGCUCGCCAAUGUGUGUCUAGUGCGUAGUUUUAACCUAGAGACUUCUAAUUAUGCUCUGUUUAGAGCCCCUAGUGACAAUUCUAUGUUUGGAUUUACGGUGGCGAUACACAAAGAACGAUCGACUCCCUGGGUUUUGGUGGGGGCCCCUGAACAACAGUCAGUUUUUCAGAGAGAUGUGGAACGAGGUGGGGCCGUUUUUAAAUGUCGAUCCGACGCGGAUAAUAUGUGUGAAGAAAUUCCUUUUGAUCAAACUGGAAACCGAUUGAUGGGCCAACAACAAAUUGACAACAAAACUGGACAAUGGUUUGGCGCGACACUGAGUGCCUCAGGGAGGACUGACGGACCCAUUGUAGCUUGUGCACCGAGAUACAUGUGGUUUACUAAAGACCUGAAUAGAAAAGAUCCAGUCGGAACUUGCUACGUCUCGAACGGCGACUUCAGAACUUUCGAGGAAUACUCGCCUUGCAGAACUAUUCAUUGGGGAUAUCACAGGCAAGGAUCGUGUCAAGCUGGAUUCAGUGCAGCCAUUAACAAUGUGGGAGACCGUCUUUACGUGGGAGCACCGGGCAGCUACUAUUGGCAAGGCCAAAUGUAUUCCGUUGAUGCAAAUGCAAGAUUUAACUUUACUCCUGGAGUGUUUCAAGAAACUUACGGCGCGAAAGGUUCCGUAUACCAACAAAGCUUGGAGACGAGACCGGCCGUAUUCUCAACAAACGAAGGACAGGCCAAAGACGACGACUCCUAUAUGGGUUAUUCCACCAUCACCGGCGACUUCCAGGACACAGGCGAGCAAGGGAUCGUAGUGGGUAUGCCGAGAGGCGCAGAACUUCACGGAAGGGUACUUUUCUUUACCUGGAACUUGACGAACUACAAGAACAUUUCUAGCAACAAAAUCGGUUCGUACUUUGGUUAUUCGCUUGCCGCUGCUGAUGUCGAUGGUGAUAAAAAGUUGGAUUUGAUUGUUGGAGCUCCGAUGCACACUGAGCCGAACAACGAAGGCAAAUAUGAUGUUGGUAGAGUCUACAUUUUCUACCAUGCAAGCGAUAGAUAUGGAACUUUUAACGCAGUUGAUAACUUGGAUGGUUUUAAUAGUAAAUCUAGGUUUGGGCUUUCGUUGUCUACCCUGGGCGACUUGAAUCAGGAUGGAUAUGAUGAUUUUGCUGUGGGUGCUCCCUAUGAUGGCCUUAAUGGUAGAGGAGCAGUCUACAUCUACUAUGGGUCUAGCGAAGGUGUUCUAUUAAAGUACGGACAAGUAAUAUACGCUGAAGAUUUGAAAGCAACAUAUCCAGUUAAUACUUUUGGAUUCUCUGUAACCGGUGGUAUGGAUAUGAAUGGUGACGAUUAUCCAGAUAUGGCUGUUGGUGCCUAUUUAUCAGACACUGCAUUCUUCUUUAGAUCAAGGCCUGUUGUACGAGUGGAAGCAUAUGUUAAAUUCCUAACCCCGAACAAUCUUAUAGACAUCAAUCACAAAGACUGCAGGCUGUCAAAUGGCCAGCAAGGAACAUGUACCUCUAUAGAUUUCUGUGUCAAAUACAGCGGUAAAGGAAUACCAGAUCAAAUUUAUUUAAACUUGCAAUACAUUUUGGACUCUAAGAAAAUCGCCAACCCAAGAAUGGCUUUCCUAGAUUACGAUACUAACACAUACAAUGAUACUAUGGUACUACAAAAAGACAGGCCAGAAUCUUGCAAUACAAAACGAGUCUACGUUAAGAGCGAUAUACGAGAUAAACUAACCCCUCUAGAAGCAGAAGUAAAAUAUUUUAUGUCAGAUAGAUAUACUAGCACACAAAACGAACAAAGAGAUCCAAGAAGCCACUUGUACCCAAUUCUGGAUUUAAACUUACCCCCAUCCCGAAAAGACUCCAUAAGUAUCCAGAAAAAUUGUGGCCCAGACAAAAUUUGCAUCCCAGAUCUACAUAUUGACGUCACAUCGAAUGUUGAGAAAUAUUUACUAGGUUCAAACACCAACUUGGAGUUCGAUGUGAUUGUUUCCAAUUACGGUGAAGAUGCUUUCGAGACUACCUUCGAUCUUCAAUAUCCCGAGGGAAUUUACUAUAAAAAAAUCGAGAACAAACCCUUGGGAAACAUUCUUUGCAGUCCUUUGGAGAAUAGAACGAUUCAGUGUCAAAUUGGAAAUCCUUUACCUUCUAGCAAAAUUGCUAACUUCCGCAUGUUGUUCCAACCAUUCCAUAAAGAAGGCAUGAAUCCAAGCUACGAUUUUAAGAUGUUUGUCAACAGUACAAACCCUGAAGAAUCACGUACUCUUGGUGACAACCACAAGAAUAUCUCUAUCGACAUUUGGAUCGACUCCACCUUAGAACUUACAGGUGUAUCUUAUCCACAAAUUGUCCAGUACAAUGCCUCAAGAUACAUUGCAGAAGAAAUCAAAAGGGAAAGCGAUAUAGGUCCACAAGUCAUACACGUGUAUAACUUGCGAAAUAAAGGACCAGCUACCAUUCAAGAGGCUGAAGUAUUCAUCUCAUGGCCGUACCAAACUUUAGGUGACGAAGACUUCUUAUAUCUUCUGGAUCAACCGGCUACAAUCGGCGAUAUUAAAUGUGAACGUGUUUUGGAAGCAAAUUACAAAAACUAUGAGUUAGACUUCCAUACUAAAUCCAUCUGGGAGCGACUUGAAAUCGACACUAACUCCAACGAGUUUACGAGUUCUGGAUUCACAUCUGGAUCCAUAUCUAAGGGUCAUUCCUCAAGCGGCGGGGCACAUACUGAUGUCACCAUUGAACAAGGCAGCGGGAUUAGAGGAACAGUGGGUGGGGGUAAAGUUUACAAAAAUCAAGGUAAAGUCGACGCUGAGAUUAGUGGAUCAGGGGAUGGCUCUUUGGUCCACCAAAGACGUCAAAAUAUAACCUACACUUUCCAAAAACCUGUCGAUGUGAACCUGGGAACAGAACAUGUUAAGACAUAUUGGAAUAGAACCUACGUUAAUGGCGUUCCAUAUAUAAUGUACACCAAUGUAACUACAGUGAGAGAUGCACAGGGUAACAUAGUGAAUCAAUACACCAGAACUAACACCGUGGAAGAUUUUGGAACCUACGAUAAAACCUACAACCCCAAGGUUAUAUACAGUUCCUCUGGAAAUGCUGAGCAAGGGUCCAGGCAAGGUGCAAGUUUCAAUCAGGGACGUGUUGGUGCAUCAGAAAGUCGAUUUAAUCAAGGUGGUUCAUCGGGAAGCGGAUUUAACCGAGGAUCUGUACAAAGUGGCACCUCAGAAAAUAGAUACAAUCAAGGAUCUGUACAAAGUGGUGCUUCUGAAAGCAGAUUCAAUCAAGGAUCUGUACAAAGUGGUGCUUCUGAAAGCAGAUUCAAUCAAGGAUCUGUACAAAGUGGUGCUUCUGAAAGAAGAUUCAAUCAAGGAUCUGUACAAAGUGGUUCUUCUCAAAGCAGAUUCAAUCAAGGUGGCGGUAGUUUCCGUGGCGGAUCACCAGAUGGCGAGUUAGUGCACGAAAGACACGAGGAUAGCUAUUUCGGUUCUGGCAGCCGGCAAGGUGGUAGAGGACAAGGUGGAAGAACUCAAUACCACAUCGAGGGUAGCGCUGGAGGUAGAGAUGGUUCAUACGAAGAACACCACGAGACCAGUUAUGAAAGUAGAGGAGGAUCUUCAAGUCAAGGCUCUAGACAUGGCGGCAACUAUGCCAGCGAUGCUAGACAUCAAGGAGGUAGAACGCAAAAUGCUGGAGGUGGCCAAUUUAAGUAUGAAGAAAGCAGUUCUGGAAGUGGUGCCUUCAGAGGUGGUUCUCAAAGUGGAAGUAGAGCACAAGGAGGUGCCAGUUACGACAGUGAACGCCGCGCAUACGAAGAGAGCCAACGUAGAGGUGGAUCAGCUUCGGCCAGUGCUAGCUAUGAUGAACGACGAGCUUAUGAAGAGAGUCAACGCAGAGCGCAACAAGGAGGUUCUAGAGUGGGCGGUACAUACGGAGGUCAAACCAUCGAAGAUAACGUCAUACAACAUGGUUCCAGUCAUGGCGGUAGAACCGGCGGUAAAGCCAGAGGCGGUUAUAUCGAUGCCAAUGGUGAAUACCACUCGUUCGCCACCAAAAACGCUUCCUACUCUGCGGAAUCGUCCGGGCAAGGUUCGCAAUCUCUCGGCGAUUUCAAUAUACACUCCGGUAAAAACUUCGCUGAAGACGCCGCCUUAGGGCACGGUUUCACCUUUAACACCCUCAACGUGGGAGGUAUACAGGGUCAUACGGAAGCUGCCAGGCGUAAUCAAGGUAAUGAUGGUAAUGUUAAACAUACCUGGCACAUGGAGGAAACUAUUGAACGUAGCGGUGAGAUACCUCCGACUUAUUUCGAGACUGUUGGAAGAGAUAAUGUUCCUACUGAUAAACCUAACCUAAAUAAUCUACAUAGAGGUCGCAGACAGGCUUCGAUGAUUGAGGAUUUGAUCAAAUGUAAUUCUACAAGAUGUGUCUACAUUAAGUGUAAUGUAGGAACUUUGGAGAAGGAAAAAGAGGUAUCCAUUGCCUUACGGUCUAGAAUCAACAUGAGAGUUCUAAGAGAGUUAAAAUCCCAAACUCUAAAAUUCUCUUCGAUGAUGGUUGGACGAAUCAGCAAGCUUCCUUACAUAGGAAGACCUAGGGAGCAACCAUUACAUAACCACGAAAUUUUCACGGAAGUUCCUGCUCAGGAAUCCGAAAUCAAACCACACGUCAUACCACUGUGGGUGGUAAUAUUAUCGGCAGUGGGUGGAACUCUUGCUUUACUUCUUAUAAUCUACAUCCUCUACAAGUGUGGAUUCUUUAAGAGAAACCGUCCACCAACAGCCCCCGAACGGCAACCGUUGAACCGAAACGGUUACAACCCUGGCGAUGAAGCGCUGUGAUUCUCCUGAUGAUGUAGCUUUAAUAUCAAUUCAACUGCCAUAAAACUGAUAUUAGUGAUAUUGGAUGAAUUCCAACAAUAUGCAGCCAAAAUCCAUCGCGAGAUGCCGUUGGACCUUAUGUCAUGUACAUAAUCGAAACAAAAAAACUGACUGAACCAUAAGGUGUCGCGGAUAUUUUAAAUAAACUAAUGUGACGACUAAUGUGCUUAAUAUUCUUAACAGGACUUAUCAUGAUCUGAAUUCCGUUCGAUAUUAUUUAUUUAUUACAGAUGUUUACGUUUAAUUAUUUGUAUACAGCUUGUUUAAAAAUGUGUGCCAUUUUAUUGUAAAUUUUGGCUUAAUAGUGCCAUAAAGUAAAAAUUUAGUUUUUGAACAUGCUGUAUGAAUGUGUAUUUGUGGAUUUUCCUCAUUUUUAUAUAUUUGUUGCGUGAGUACAUUUAAGACUUGUUUGUAAGAAGCCCAGAAUUAUUGUUGAAAUUGUUGUUGUUAAAAUAAUUAUUUAACUAAGAUAAUAAACUAAAACUACUUAAAUACAGUUAAAUAAAUUAUAUUUUUGGAUUUUGCUCUUAGGCUUUAUUAUUUAGCCUAUAGAUAAAAUUAUUUAUGAAACUACGCUCGGUCUAAUACAAAAACUAACAUAUCAUUUUUGUUAAAGUGCUGCCUAAAACGACUUUUCAUUUAAUUUAUAGAGCCAUUGUAAUAUUUUUUGUAAAUAAAACAAAUAGUAUUAAAUAAAACAAAUUAAUCUAUUAGAA